AUGAAAGUCUUGAAGAAUAACUCAUUGAUCAAUCUCCAACAAGCCAUAGAGUUGCUCGUGCAAACCUCACUAAGAAGUUAUUUCGGAAAACCUGCGUGGUACUCCGUAAACGUCAAUUUCGUGGUUUCACUUGGACGAACGAACAGGGCAGCUGCAAUGUGGAUUCAGGUGCGCACGAUGGAUGGGAAGGAAACCCACCAGGUGGAUUCCCUGUCGAAACUCACCAAGGUGGACGACCUGCGUCUCAAAAUCGCAGAGCUCUUCAAGGUGGAGCCUGAGAGACAGAGGCUGUUCUACCGUGGCAAGCAGAUGGAGGAUGGCCAUACCUUAUUCGACUACAACGUGGGUCUAAACGACAUAGUGCAGCUGCUUGUUAGGCAGAAAAUGUCUGCUGUGGAUGUCGUCAAAAGCAAAGACAAAGAAGCCGAGCUUUCCGACUCUGAUUCUGGCUGUGGCUCAGCCCAGAGCGAGUCUGACAAGAGCUCAACUCACGGUGAGGUCGAAGGUCAGACCGCCGGCACCUCUGCCCAGACGAACACCACAGAGCUCGUCGAUCCGGGGUUCGGAUUUUACAAGAUCAAUGAGCUGGUGGAUGCAAAGGACUUGAACAUGGGUGCUUGGUUUGAGGCCCAGAUCGUGAAUGUUACGAAGACAACAAAGACUCCCAAAGAGGAGGCCGCUGAGGCGCAGUCAGCAGAAGAGAUCCUGUACCAUGUUAAAUAUGAAGACUACCCAGAGAACGGUGUCAUUCAGUUGCUGGCUAAGGAUGUUCGCCCGCGGUCCCGUACGGUGUACCAAUGGCACCAGCUGGAGCCCGGAAUGGUCCUUAUGGUCAACUACAACCCAGACGACCCCAAGGAGCGGGGCUACUGGUACGACGCCGAGAUCCAGAGGAAGAGGGAGACGCGCACCGCGAGAGAGAUCUACGCCAAGAUUAUCCUCGGUGACGCUGGUGACUCUCUUAAUGAUUGCCGGAUCAUGUUCCUGACUGAAAUCUAUAAAAUCGAGGAGCCUGGUUCUCUGGGUGACGCCCCAGCUGGAUCUGAGAGUCCGUUAAAAAGAUCAAAUGGACCAGAGUGCAAGCACUGUAAGGAUGAUCCCAAGAAAAACUGCCAGUGGUGUAACUGCCAUAUCUGCGGCAUCAAGCAGGACCCUGACAAACAGCUGCUGUGUGACGAAUGCGACAUGGCCUUCCACACUUACUGCCUGAACCCUCCGCUCAGCACCAUCCCAGAAGACGAGGACUGGUAUUGCCCAGGUUGCCGUACUGACGCCAGCGAGGUGGUGUUGGCUGGAGAGAAGCUGAAGGGAAGCAAGAAGAGGUCCAAGAUGGCUUCUGCCAGCUCCUCGAGCCAGAGGGACUGGGGCAAGGGAAUGGCCUGUGUUGGUCGCACCAAGCAGUGCACGAUCGUCCCGUCUAACCAUCAUGGACCAAUCCCCGGUGUCCCCGUCGGCUCCCUGUGGAAGUUCAGAGUGCAGGUCAGUGAGUCUGGCGUCCACAGACCUCACGUAGCUGGGAUUCACGGCAGGAGCAAUGAUGGCGCCUACUCUCUGGUGCUGGCUGGAGGAUAUGAGGAUGACGUGGAUGAUGGUAAUGAGUUCACUUACACUGGCUCUGGGGGACGAGAUCUUUCUGGAAACAAGAGGACGGCCGAGCAAUCGUGUGACCAGACCCUUACCCACAUGAACCGGGCGGUGGCUCUCAACUGCAACGUCCCCGUCAACAACAAAAAUGGAGCGGAGUCCAAGAGCUGGAAGCAAGGAAAACCAGUCAGAGUUGUGCGCAGCUGCAAAGGCCGCAAGCACAGUAAAUACUCCCCCGAGGAAGGAAACCGAUAUGAUGGGAUAUAUAAGGUGGUGAAGUACUGGCCAGCCAAGGGCAAGUCUGGCUUCUUGGUGUGGCGGUAUCUGCUGAGGCGUGAUGACGAUGAGCCGGCUCCAUGGACCAGAGAUGGCAAGGACCGCAUCAACAAGCUCGGUCUCACCUUGCAGUACCCUGCUGGCUAUCAGAAAGAGAAAGAGAACAAAAAUGAAGUGGACGAAGAGGCGGCGACACCCAGUAAGGCAAAGAGGAAGAGAAAAUCUCAGGGCAGCGAGUCAGAGUCAAACUCCCCACCAGGCAAAACUCCUAAGAAAAGUAAGGUAGAAGUGUACAAGCUUACCCAGGAGCAGAAGUCCCUCAUCGGGAAUGACAAGCCAAACAAGAAGGUGUGGGAUGAAGCCAUGGAGUCACUGUCUCUUGGACCGAAAUUCUUGAACAAAGUUCAAGAAGUUUUCCUCUGCAUUUGCUGCCAGGAAGUGGUCUAUCAGCCCGUUACCACAGAGUGCCAUCACAACGUUUGCAGGGAAUGCCUCCAGCGGUCCUUCAGAGCAGAUGUGUGCACCUGCCCGGCAUGCAGGCACGACCUGGGCAAAAACUACCCCAUGACCGUCAACAAAUGCCUGCAAGAUAUUCUAAAUCAGUUUUUCCCAGGGUACAGCAGUGGGCGAUGAUCAUUGGUUCUGCCCACUCAGCCCGGGAGGAAUCGCGAAGUAAAUUGUAAGGGGAAUUUUCAGUAGAGGCAAUAAAGAAUCAGUUUCUCUUAAUAUAUUUUUAUGACUAUAAAACUACAAUUUUUGUGGACUUCAAUGCUACCGUUUUGACCUUUUUGGAUCUGCCAUGAAGUGUAGUUAGAAUGAUUGAAAAUUCCUUUUGUACCUGUGCCAUUACUCCGUUAAUACCUUACACCAGGACCCAGUGCUUUUAUUUCGUUCCAUUAACUAAUGUUAUCCGUAUUGUAAAAUGUUUUAAUCAAAUCCCUCCAUGUUUAGCACUCCUCAAGAGAAUGUUGAGUCACAGUUGGUUUAGCCGUUUGCUCAACUUGUUUGGAUAAUUUAUUUAAUUUUUUUAGAAUCUGGAUCUUAUUUGUUCUGCCGUUGGUUGAGGUUGGUCGUUAUUCUGGUACAUUUAAAAAAAGAAAGAAAAAUCUGAUUGUGUAGUCGGGGUUUUAAUCGGUUUACGUUCACAUCUUCCAUGGAAGCCUCUACUGUGGGCCUCUCACACAGAAUGCAGCACCUGCGCUCUGAAACCCGUUAUACUUCCAGUGGCUUGCACAGCGACACGACAGGUUUUCGUGACAUGUGCGCUAAACUCCAGUGAGGGUACUGCACACUGUGUGAAAAGGUUAUUCUGCAUCUCAUGUAGCUAUUUACUCUUCUCUACUUGACUUUUAUAAUCUCUUUAGGGUUCAAUAUAGAAACUAUCAACAUAAUCUUGACAGACUUCUAGAUCAAAUGUGACGUUUUCCGUUUGUCGUGAUCACAUGCUUGAAAUUGCACCAACAUGGCAAGUGAACAAAGCGGCUCCAUACUGUUUAGAUUACACCUGACAUACAAGCAGGAAGUGAACACGUUACUUUUUUGUUUUUCUGCUCUUAAGCAGUCUGAGAGGAAGUGUCUUGUCGGAACAGUGUCAUCAAACAUCGUUGGAUUUUCUAACUAGUGUAUUUGUUCCUUAAAUAUUUUCAUACAGGAACUUUAUACCUGUACAUGAAGUUUGGGAAAUUUGUUUUGAAAGUGACUAUGAAUUUGAUACAACCUUGAAAGCUAAACAUUACACUGUGACGAUUUAAAUUGUCCCCUUUUUUUUUUUUUUUUUUUUUUUUAAACAUUUGGACUUUUUUUUUUUUUUUUAAAGGGUGCAAUGUAGGACUCAUCUAUUAGAUCCUUAGACACUCAAACCUAACUGAGUCUAAACUAUUUGUGCUUUUUUCUAAAAUUGAAAUUUGUAUAUUUUCAUCUUUUAUAAUCCAUUACUGCCAUCUGUGGGGAGGGGGGCUGUUCAGUCAAAUGUUUGUCUCUUGUGGGCACUUGUAGUUCCUGACCUUAUUUACUGCUUGCAUUGAGAUGGAAUGUUAAGGAAAUUCCACACACUGUUCCUGAAAUUUAAUAUUGAAUCAACUAAAUUAUCUGAAUUUGUUAUUGACUACUUUUGCCGUUGCCUUUGUCAUUUAUAAGUAUUUGGUGUUGAAUUUCAACAUUUGUGUGUGUGUGUGUGUGUGUGUGUGUGUG